AUGCUCCACCAGGAGCCGGUCAGUCAGCUCCUGGAUCUAUGCCUUUGGUGCUUCACGAAGAAUAUUUCCAGAUAUAUCACAGACAUUAAGUCUUUGCCUCCCAACAUAAAAGAUAGAUUGAUUAGAAUGAUGAGCCUGCAGGGACAGAUAACAGAUUCAAAUAUAAGUGAGAUUUUACAUCCUGAAGUCAAGACUCUAGAUCUACAGAGCUGUGAUAUUUCAGAUACUGCUCUGCUGCACCUGAGUAACUGCAGAAAACUAAAGAAAUUAAAUUUAAAUUCCUCAAAAGAAAACAGAGUUUCUAUAUCUUCAGAAGGAAUAAAAGCAGUGGCUUCAUCUUGUACAUACCUGCAUGAAGCUUCUUUUAAAAGAUGCUGCAGUCUCACUGAUGAAGGAGUCCUUGCUCUUGCACGCAAUUGCCGGUUGCUAAAGGUCAUUGAUUUAGGUGGCUGCUUAGGUAUUACUGAUGUGUCCUUACAUGCAUUAGGAGAAAACUGCUUUUUUCUGCAGUCUGUCGAUUUUUCAGCUACGAAGGUAUCUGACAAUGGUGUGGUUGCGCUUGUUAGUGGACCUUGUGCUGAGAAACUAGAGGAGAUUCAUAUGGGACAUUGUGUGAAUCUGACUGAUGAGUCUGUAGAAGCUGUCCUUACUCGCUGUCCUCAGAUACACAUAUUACUGUUCCAUGGAUGCCCCCUGAUAACAGAUCAUUCACGAGAAGUCUUGGAGCAAUUAGUAGGCCCAAACAAAUUAAAGCAAGUAACAUGGACUGCUUAUUGA